AUGUCUGCACAGGAUCAGAGGGGCCCGCCAACGUUUCGCGACGAGGCGGCUGCCAGUGAGACCGACUCACUCCUGGAGCGCGGCCAACGCAAGGCGAAGCGGCUCUUCGACGGGUUUAUUGAUUUUGCCUUUUCGGGCAAUAUCCUUCAAAUUGCAUUUGGUUUGAUCAUCGCAUCCAUUUUCACGGACCUGGUCAAGUCAUUUGUUGGAGACAUCCUCAUGCCGCCGCUCUCUGUGAUCCUUCCCCUGAAGAAGAACAUCGAAGAGAAGUUUGCGAUCCUGCGGGUUGGGGACACUUACAACAAGACCGCGGGCUACAACACUCUUAAGCAGGCUCAGAAUGAUGGUGCCGUUGUGAUGGCGUAUGGCCUGUUCAUAUACCAGGUCGUAUCGUUCUUCAUGAUUGGCCUGGCGCUCUAUGCUCUGGCCCUCCUUUAUACAUCCUUCUCAUCUGAUCCGAUCAUCAAGCACACCAAGAAGUGUAAAUACUGCCGGCAGCGUAUCAACGAGAAGACUGCUUGA